AUGGUUCGCCGUCCUGCCAUUUCUUCGAUAAAUACAAAGAAUAAGAAUGACGAUGUACAUUCUUUGACACGCCAUCCCACUUCAUCUCUCUAUAUGUUAGUCAAAAAAGAUAGAGAACACCAUGCGUGGCAAUUACCUCAAGGUGGUAUUGAUCCUGGAGAAACAGUACUUCAAGGAGCUCUUCGAGAGUUAGAAGAAGAAUGUGGACAACAUCUCAAGGUCAACCCUGUAGAAACUACUUCGUCCUUUUAUUAUCAAUACAAGUUCCCUGAUGCUUUUAUUGCCAAACACAAAAGGAAUUAUAUUGGAGCAAAGGUUCAAUUUAUACGUUCUGACUGGAUAUCUGGUCAAUGUCAACCUGAUGAUCAUGAAAUCGUUGAUUUUGCUUGGCUUUUAGAAUCCGAAAUCAAACAAUAUGUUACUCCUGAAUACUUCAAUGCUAUUACACCCCUCUUACGAUACCCAAAUUCAUCCAGUUAA